ACUCCGCCCAACCCGGAAGAAGCUCUGUUUAGGGGACGUCGCAUGUUGCUGUCCGUGAUGGCGUCGUCCACAGAGCAGAGUCUCCCGGAGCUCACUGAUAAGGAAACUCGGGAGAAGCUGUCGCACUGGGACCGUCGCGGGGCUCCGAUGGCUCCGUUAACGGAGAAACAGACGGACUCGGUCCUCGAGAUCCGCGCAGCCGCAGAAGUCACGCUUCUCCCAGCGGAGCUGCCCAUCGAAGACAUCUGCAGCCUGACGUCUCGCUCUCUGCGCUCCGCGUUCACAGCGACUCUGCCCGAGUCCACGGAGGAGGUGCUUCUGCAGGGCUUUCAGAUGCUGGAGCUGGAGAACGAGCGGAUCCAGACGGCUCAGCAGUUUUUUUCCUGGUUCUCGAAGCUGCAGGUUCAGAUGGAUCAGGAUGAAGCUUCAAAGUACAGGAAGACCCGGGAUGUUCUGAGCGUCUGUCAGGAGCAGUGUGACUCCAUACUGAGCGACGUGAAUGCUGCGCUGGAGCGUCUGGACUCUCUGCAGAAGCAGUACCUCUUUGUGUCCACAAAAACAGGAACGCUUCAUGAGGCCUGUGAACAACUGCUGAAGGAGCAGUCAGAGCUGGUGGAUCUGGCUGAGAGCAUCCAACAGAAACUCUCAUAUUUUAAUGAACUGGAAAACAUAAACACGAAACUGAACUCCCCGACAUUAUCAGUGAACAGCGAGGGAUUCAUCCCGAUGCUUUCCAAACUAGACGAAUGCAUAGAAUACGUCUCAUCACAUCCACAUUUUAAAGACUACCCAGUCUAUCUGACCAAAUUCAAGCAGUGUCUGUCCAGAGCCAUGCUCCUCAUCAAGAGCCACACGGUCAGCAGCCUGCAGAACCUCACGGCUCAGCUCACCAAAAGGGACCCGCUGGGCGCUCCGAACGCAGACAACGCCUUCACGCUCUACUAUGUGAAGUUCAGAGCAGCGGCACCCAAAGUUCGAAGGCUCAUUGAACAAGUUGAACAGCGGUCCAACAAAAUCCCAGAGUAUCAGCAGCUGCUGGAUGAGAUUCAUCAGUGUUAUCUGGAGCAGAGGGAAGUUCUGCUCAGUCCCAGCAUAAACUCCACCUUCACAGAUCUCACCAGCCAGAACAACAAGGAUCACUGCGCUCUGGUGCGCAGCGGCUGUGCGUUUAUGGUCCAUGUGUGUCAAGACGAACACCAGCUUUACAACGAGUUCUUCUCCAAACCCUCGUCCAAACUGGAUGAGCUUCUGGAGAAGCUCUGCGUGUCUCUGUAUGACGUCUUGAGGCCUCUGAUCAUCCACGUGGUUCAUCUGGAGACGCUGUCGGAGCUCUGCGGCAUCCUGAAGAACGAGAUGCUGGAGGAUCACGUCCAAAACAACGAGGUGCAGCUGGCAGCGUUUGACGCUGUGGUGAAGCAGAUGCUGGAGGACGUUCAGGAGCGUUUGGUCUACAGGACACACAUCUACAUCCAGACGGACAUCCUCGGAUACAAGCCUGCGCCGGGAGACCUGGCCUACCCCGACAAACUAGAGAUGAUGGAGAAAAUCGCUCAGAGUCUGAAGGAGGAGCGGAUGAAGCUGACCUCGAGCAGCUCUUUCUCUGACGUGCAGCUGGAGGAGUCUGAUAAUAAGAAGCUCAUCAGCUCUGAUCCGCGCGCACACAGCACAGUUUCUCCCGCAGAUCUUCAUGGCAUGUGGUAUCCCACCGUCAGACGGACGCUCGUGUGUCUCUCCAAACUCUACCGCUGCAUAGACAGGGCGGUGUUUCAGGGUCUGUCGCAGGAAGCUCUGUCUGCCUGCAUCCAGUCUCUCCUCAAAGCCUCUGAUAUCAUUCAGAAGAACAAGAAUCAAAUAGAUGGGCAGCUCUUCCUCAUCAAACAUCUCCUGAUCAUGCGCGAGCAGAUCGCCCCGUUCCACGCUGACUUCGCCAUUAAAGAGAUCUCUCUGGAUCUGAAGAAGACCAGAGACGCUGCUUUCAAAAUCCUCAACCCCAAGGCUGUGCCCAACUUCUUCCGUCUGAACAGCCAUAACGCUAUCCUUGAGUUUCUACUGCAGGGUACGCCGGAGAUAAAAGAGCACUACAUCGACUCGAAGAAAGACGUGGACCGGCACCUGAAGUCCAGCUGUGAGCAGUUCAUACAGCAGCAGACGCACAUGUUUGUGGGAAACCUGGAGGAGUUUCUCACCAAGGUGUGUUGUUUUGAGGUUUUUGCACUUGUUAAUGAGAAUGUGUUUUCUGUACUUUUAGCCAAAAUUAAUGACAUUGUGAUGGCCACCUAUCGCAUACUGAAAACCAAGCUGCCCAUCACCUUACAGAGCUUGUCUUUAUAUCUGGCCAAUAAGGACACAGAGUUCAUCCUGUUCAAGCCCGUCAGGAACAACGUCCAGCAGGUGUUCCAGAGACUGCAUGCGUUACUGCAGGAGGAGUACAGCGGCGAAGACCUGCAGAUCAUCGCAUGUCCCUCCAUGGAACAGAUAAAUCUGCUGCUGUCUGUGAAAUAGCUCUGGACUCAGUGAACAGUGAAGUUCUUCCACACUCGGACCACGUCAGUGUUGGGAAAAGAGUCAGAGAUUAUUCCCAAACCUUCCAGAAGAUUCUGGAGAUAAACACGUCUUUAUAUCUAAAGACAGACACUGAACACACGAAAGACGCUCCCCUGCAGGUGCUUGAUCCGGUUCUUCUGUUUAGCAUUGAUACGAAAUCAGUUUGUACAGAUUGAAAUGAAACUGCAUCUGUGCUGAAGGUGUGAGCUCAGUCACAAACACAUGAUCCGCUAGGGGGCGCUGUGUGUCUGAGGCAGAUUUCUCAAGGAUAAAAGAGCAGAACUAGAUUGAUAUGAGAGCAAAUAACUGUACAGGUGAGGGAAAUGAUGUGCAUAACAUAUUUAUUAUUAUUUUUAAAGGAAUAUUUCACUGAGAGAUGUGAAUUCUGUUAUUAUUCAGUCACUCUCGUGUCAUUUAAAGGGACAGUUCACCCAAAAAUUACAAUUCUGCAAUCACGCCAUUCCCAACCUGUUUGCAAACCCUGAACACAAAAGAAGAUACUGUGAUCACCAAAUACUUUCGGCUCCCUUUUACCUUCUUUUGUCUUCAUACAGGUUUGGAAACAUCAGAGGUGAAUAAACGAUGACAAAUUUAAUCUUCGGAUGGAUUAUUCUUUUAAAACCUGCAUGCUACCAUUUUUUUUUUUUCUGAUGAACACAAAAGAGGAUUGUUUGAAGAAUGUUCAUGCAGCUCUUUUACAUGCAUGUUUAUAGUCCAAAAAACCCAUAAAGCAUCCAUAUGACUUGUGCAUUAUAUUCCAAGCUGUAAUAUCUUUUUAAACAUCCAUGCAGGUUUGGAAUGAUAUGAGAGUGAGUUAAUAAUAACAUAAUUUUUAUAUUAAGCUGAAUUAUUUCUUGGAAGUUCCCCUGUAUGCAUCAGGCUAAUGCAUUUUCUAGUUUUCUUCCUUCGUUCUGGGAGCUUCAGUUGCAUUUUGGGAGUUUAGGUCAUCUUCUGUCAAAAACAUCCUCACUUUUGGGGCUUUUUUAUACAUAAUUCUAUAAGUUUGAUAUAAGAUUGGCUUCCUGUUUGACACGAAUGACCCUUUUCUGUUUCGUUCUGUUGGAGUGAUUGUGAUGAAUUCAUAACUAAAGCUGAAGGUUUAUUAAAUCUAAAUAAAUGCACACAUGUAUUCACAAAUUCUCCAAGAACUCAAGAAGCUUCACAACGUGGAAAUGAGAUCUAGCCCAUUAAACCUUG